AUGUCAUCGGCGGCAGGCCUGCCCGAAACCCCUCCCUCUCAGGACCGGGAACAAGGCAACGACCAUGAUGAGCUGGAGCCUCUGCUUGGCCGACCCGGCGAUGCCCAACAACCCCCCAGCCAAUUCAUCGUUAGGAACCUUAUUCUCGGCACCGGCAUCAUCGCUCAGUUUGGCGCAGUAAUAUUCGUCGCCAUGAUCUGGGCUGCCGUCCUUACCAAAGAUGUGAUCCUUUUCUCUGGCCACCCGCUUGCUCAGAGUCUCGCCAUCUUCACCCUCACCCAGUCCAUCCUCUCCCUACAGCCGACACACACCCCCGACCAGAAGCGGGUUGGUCAGCGUGUCCAUGCUGUCCUUAACCUGCUCGCCUUCCUUUUCCUCGUCGCCGGCAUUACUAUCAUCGAGUAUAACAAGUUUCGCCAGGGCCCUGGCUCCCACUUCCACUCCGUUCACGGCUACCUCGGCGUCAUCGUUUCCAUUAUCCUGCUGCUGCAGUACAUCGUAGGCUUCACCAUGUGGGCUACCCCACGGCUUUACGGCGGCGAGGACAAGGCCAAAUCUAUCUGGAAAUACCACCGUUGGAGCGGCUACGUUGUCCUAGUUCUCCUGCUGGUUACGGUAGCGACGGCCGUUGGCACGCCGUUCAACGAGAACGUGCUCAAGCUGAAGCUCUGGGCUGUCGUUAUCACCGCCUUGUUGAUACUAGUUGGUAUCGUUCCGCGCGUGCAGAAACAGAAGCUUGGCUUCUCGAAUUAG